AUGAUUGUGCCAGAGCAUAUUUCGGUUACCGGUGAACCACUGAAAAAUGUUGGUUUUGAGCAUCAGAGUAUUCCCCAACGGGAACGGCUCAUGCAGAUGAUGAAUGUGCCAGAUCGAAUCGUUUUGAGAGGAGGCGACACUUACGAAGGAUUUGAGGCACAGCCAUCAGAACUGAUGGCUGAUCACAUUAACCAUAUAAAUCAGGAUGAGCCCGUACGUAGCGAGAACUCAAUCGCAAUUGAGGAAAAUCCACUUAAGGAAUUAAAACUGAUGCGCCGCCAGAUUGGUCGUAUUUCUUCUAGACUUUUCCAAUUGGAAGAAGAACUAGAACAGCGUCGAUUCAGAGAUAAGCUUUCCUUCACGGCUCUGCUUGGUAUGGCAGCCGUUCUGCUGAUGGCGUUGUUAAAAAGGUGA